CCGCCGCCCUCCCUUCCCGGGUGGGACCAGACGGAGGCCAGGCGGGCUGGAGCGCGGCCGGAGCUCGGGCAGGAGGUGUCUGGUGAAUCGGGCGUGGAAACUCAUUUGGAUAACUGUUUGAACAGAGCACAUGUCUUAAGUAUGCAGUCGGCUAAUGUGCUUCUGAAAAAAAUUGUAAGAAGUUCUGUCCUUCCAUUUGCUGCACAACAUGGGAUGAAAAAGGAUUUGUUUCCACUCAGUAGAACUCUGAGUUUAUCACUUUGCCUGAAGCAGGACAAUUCAUGCAAUCCCUCAGAAAAACUAGAUUUAGAUUCGUGGAAGAAGGUAAUGAAGUCUGGGUUGCAAGAAGUUAGUGAGACUGUCCCUGAGAAUAAGGAGCUUUCCACUUUGGCUCAGGCACGUGAGACUUUGGAGAUGUGGAGACUAGCUGGCAGAUCAGUUCCAGAAAAUAUCAGUGAAGAACAGCUGAAAACCUUUAUGGAAUGUCCUUCCAAGUCAGCCAAAAAGAAGUAUUUAAAAUAUUUGCAUCUCAAAGAACUUUACAAGAAGAGCGACAAAAGAAAGAUGGAUGAGAAAAGGGAAAGGAGGCUGGAAACACAAGAGCGAGCUUCAAAAACUGAUGAGACCAAAAGGAGUUCAUUCGUAUGUUUGUGGGCUAACUCUAUGGAUCGAGCAUACAAUUGGAGGGCUGCUCAGUCUAUGAUCUUUGGCCAACCUCUAGUAUUUGACAUGUCUUACGAAAAAGAUAUGUCCAUCCGAGAAGUUGCAAAUACAGUGAGACAGAUAGUAUUAAGUGAAGGGUGCAAUCGAAGAUCUGUGGAUCCGUUCCACAUCCACUUCUGUAACUUAGAAGACAACAGCCUCUAUCAUAAGGAAUUUGUCAAGCAUUAUAGAGAGGCGUGGGGCAAAUUGCUUAUCACCGUGACAGACCAGUGCUACACCAAAGUCUUUCCAAAGGAUAAGCUUAUCUAUCUGACUGCUGAUUCACCCAAAGUAAUGAAAACAUUCGAUCACGAUAAAAUCUAUAUUGUCGGGUCAAUGGUUGACAAGAGCAUAAAAACAGGAGUCUCUUUAGCACGGGCAAAGCGACUGGGGCUGGACACUGCGGCCCUUCCACUGGAGAAGUACUUGCUUUGGAAUACUGGCGCCAAAAAUCUCACACUGGAUCAAAUGACACAUAUUUUGUUAACCUUAAAAGAUACUGGAGACUGGAAGAAGGCUCUGGAAUUUGUUCCGAAAAGGAAGUAUUACGGCUUUGUAAGCAAGCCUGUGCAUGAACUGAAAAAAACCUUAAACCUGAUCAACACACUUAAACUUGGAAGGAGACAGGAAGAGGUACGAAAGCAAUUUGCCAAGAACUACUCUAAGAAGCUAACACAAAAGUAGAGUGAUGGGAAGGAGGAUGAUUUAUUAACGAGCAAACUAUGCCCUUGAAUGCUCCACUUUCUUGUGACUUCUGGAAAUAUAUAAAGCGAUGUAUCUCUAAAAAUGCCUUUUUUGGUCAAGGUUGAAAGGACUGUUGUUAGGGAUUUUUUUUAAAAUUACCUUAGUAUUCCAGCUGUUUGAAUUUAUUCACAGAUUACUGAAAUUAUGUAAGAGAAAUGAGAUAAUCUGUUCUAAAAAAUUACUCUGUAUAAAGAAUGUAAACCUAUUCAGUUGAGUCAUGCCGGGACAAGGGUGACUGCAACUGAAUGCAAAGCUUGUUCUUCAGAGAA